AGCCAAUAACAAGGCAGGAGGAGCAGCGGUUAUACCAAGUGGGACGUGUCUUGAAAGGCGCGGAUUUUCAAAAUAAAUUAAUAAAUAAAUAACCGGCUUGUUGUUUAGGAGUAACAUGGAGGACGCGACCAAGUCACCGGAUGCCUUUAAAACUCCGUGUAAACCGCUGAAGAUAAAGAGUCCAGUGAGUGCAUGUGGAACCCCGGUCACUAUUCCAGCAUCUCCGUUCAUGAAGAAGCUCGGCUGUGGCACCGGUGUGAACGUCUAUCUCAUGAACAGAAAUGGAAAACAGACUCAGUCGCCAUGGGCCAUUAAGAAGAUCAACAGCAAGUGUGCAAAGACUCAGAAGAACGUGUACCAGAAGCGGCUAUGUGAAGAAGCAAAGAUCUUAAAGGAUCUGCAGCAUCCAAAUAUUGUUGGUUUUAGAGCGUUCACCACAGCAAAGGACGGCUCAAAGUGUUUGGCGAUGGAAUACGGAGGGGAGCAGUCUCUCAAUGACCUGAUUGAAAAGAGGAGAGAGGAAGGUUUACAGGCCUUCCCAGUUGCCAUUAUUGAAAAAGUGGCUCUUGAUGUAGCUCAUGGUUUGCAGUAUCUGCACAAUGAGAAGAGGCUUCUGCACGGGGACAUGAAAUCCUGCAACAUCGUCAUUAAAGGCGACUUUGAGACCAUCAAAAUCUGUGAUGUCGGCGUUUCCCUCAAGUUAGAUGAAAACAUGCAAGUGAGCGACCGAAAGGCUCACUACAUCGGCACAGAGCCGUGGAAGCCAAAAGAGGCGCUGGAGGAUGGACUAAUCACAGACAAAGCAGACAUCUUUGCAUAUGGACUCACCCUGUGGGAGAUGAUGACUCUCUCUGUGCCUCAUCUGGAGAUGCUCAACAGCGAGGGUGACUGCGAUGAUGACGACUCGUUUGAUGAGGACGACUUUGACGAAGAAGCCUAUUACGAGAGUCUGGGAACCCGUCCUCCGCUGGACGCAGCCACUCUGGGUGGUGCCUACCAGAGAAUGGUAGAACUUUUCUGUCUCUGUACUGAAGAAGAUCCUAAUAAAAGACCAUCAGCUGCACACAUCGUUCAGGCUCUGGAGUCCAACAGCCAGCUGGAUGAUAAACGUAGUGAGGUGAUAGUUAUAGAUUAAAGUCUGCUCGUCAGUUUUCUCUACUCUGUCCGUCCUUGUUUUUGUUAAUUUUUUCUUGUCUUUCAUUUAAAACUCUCCACAAUUAUACAGAACUUAUUCUAUAUCUAUAACCUGAACUUUUAUUAUAACUGAUCUUACUGUAAGUAGAUUUAGGCUUGUUUCAUUUAUUAAAGAGUUUAUAAUUAAAUAAUGUAAUCUG